AUGGCGGCCGCGCGGCCGACCAUCGACCUCGACGAGAGCAUCGCGGCUCUCGCGGCGCGCGCCCACGUCUCUGCGCCCAACAAGAAGCUGUUGCAGCAGAAGCUGCUGCAGCAGGGCGUGGGCAACGUGGCGGAGCUGCUGACUGCGAUCCAGGGCGGCACGAGCGCGACGGCUCUCGGCUUCUCGCCCGCCGCGCUCGCGCUCUGCGAGCGCGUGCUGCCCGACGAGACGCUGCGCAGCGCAGAGGCCGCAGCAGCUGCUCUCGCAGCUGCCUUUGCCGCGCUCUCCGUCGCCGGCCCGCCUGGGCCUGCGGCUGGCGCGCAGGCGGGCGGCGCGGCCGCCGCUGGCGGGCGCGGCCUCGGCGCCACGCGCGGCGGCGAGGCUUACACCUCCGACGAGGAGGAGGCAGCAGCUGCUGCUGCUUCCCUCUCGGAGGAGCAGUUUGGACCCCGCCUCCCCACCGCCAGCGCUGAUACGAGCGCGGCGGUGGUGGACGGCGAGGAGGGGCGGCGGCUGGCGGCAGAGGCCGCAGCGGCGACCGCACCCUGCGCGCGGAGCGCGGCGCCUGCGGUGGCGCAGGCCGCAGAGGCGGGUUUGACCUCGUGGUCAGACCCAAUGGAGGAGGAAGUUCUCCCCGGCGGCGCGGCGCCGGCCGAGGGGGAGGAGGGCGGCCGCUCUCGCUCGCCGAAUGGACCUGGACGUGCCCCAUAUUGGGGGCCCGCCGGCAUUACCCCGCCCGAGACGCCGGUCUCGGACGCUGCCGGCGCGCCCCACCCUUUCAUUCUGUUAGAUGAGGCCACGGGUUCUAAGGCGGGUGAGGCGGCUGCUGAGGCGUUGGCGGAGGCGGCGGUCGACGCCGUCUACGGGGCGCUCGUAGCGGCGACGCUCGAGGAGUGGGCGGGCGCGCGCACGGACAACCCCGUCUCCGCGGAGGACGCUCGAGGCCCAGGCCUCGAGUGUCAGGAUUGCGGCAAGUGGUACGCGACCGUGGGCAGCAAGUGCGGGCUCUACCAGCACCUCGUCAAGUGCGACCCAAAGUACCGCGGCGAGACAGGCGACCAGCGGUGGCAGGGCGGGAGGGAGGGGUUCAUGCGGCAUCUUCAGCAGCAGGCCGAG